AACCACACCCCUAGAGAGACUACUGUUCAUUUACGACCGAAGAAACAGCGAGAGGCAUACAGCCAACUGCGACCAUCAGGCCUUCUCCCAUGCUACAGCGCCAUUCAGAGCUUCUGUUGUUGUAACACCCUUGCUCGGACCUCCUCUGCGUGUCGGUUGUUGGAGUAUGCCGUAAGCCGAUCGAUCUGGCUUUGAUACUAUUUACUUCCCUAUCCUGUCCCGCGACUUGAAGUUGGCCCUUUACUCCCGCCACGCUCGACUGCGUUGCCCCUCCACCCUUUACCAUAUCAACACUACCAACUCUGUCCGCCAACCUGCAGCCACUCGUUUCUGCCAUGGCGUCGUUUCGGAAAGUCGUCCUGGCUGCCAUAGUGAAGAGCCUGCUACGGGGCAAGUCACUGAUUCAAGCCAUAUUGGCCUACUGGGUGAGCCCACUGGCGUUUGAAGAGGGCAAAAAGGGACAUAUCGGCGCUGCGGGUCAUCGACUAUCGACGAAGACCCUGGAUGAGUUUCUCAAGGAGGCAGAGGCCGCGCUGUUGGGCCCCAUCAGCGGAGAUGGCCUCACGCGACUCUCGACGGAGCUGAAGAAGCAAUUCCUGGAGCGCUUACAGUCCGACCUGGAGUGUAUGCUGCCGUCGUAUAGCCAUCAGCUACCUACCGGUAAAGAGGCUGGCCAGUAUCUCGCGCUUGAUGUUGGUGGCUCAACAUUGCGCGUGGCGGUAGUGGAACUCGGCCCAGGUGAGACUGGACAACAAGAGAGCAAGAUUCUUCGGUUUCGAAACUUUAGGAUCGACAAGCCCAUCAAGGACCUGGAGGGGGUGGCUUUCUUUGACUGGAUGGCGGCGAGGAUAGUGGAAACCGUGUCGACGGACAUGAAGCGGGAGCACAGCCCUGAUCAGCCUCUACCUAUGGCGCUGGCCUGGAGCUUUCCUAUCGAGCAAACAUCGUUAGGCGCCGGCAAGCUUCAGGCUAUGGGCAAGGGAUUCAUGGCGAACAAGGGCCUCAUCGGCCAGGACCUGGGCGAGAUUGUCGCAGCGGCUUGCAAGCAGCAGAGGCUGGACGUCGAAGUUGAGGCCAUCAUCAACGACUCGAGCGCGUGUCUGCUCUCGCAGGCGUAUACACACCCAUCGACGCGCUUCGGUCUUAUUCUAGGGACAGGUCUGAACGUUGCCGUCUACCUCCCCACCACACUCAUUGGUCGACAAAAGUUUGGCACACGGCCCGUUGGCUGGUUCGAUCGAGCGAGCCAUGUCAUUGUGAAUACGGAGUUGGGCAUGUUUGGGAAGGACAUUCUGCCCAUCACGAGGUGGGACCGCCAACUACUGGAUGGCCACCCGCGACCAGAUUUCCAGCCCGUGGAGCAUCUCUCAAGCGGCAUGUAUCUCGGUGAGAUUGCGCGCUUUGCCCUGAUCGAGGCCAUCGAGACCACAGGUCUUUUUGGUGGAGUGGUGCCAGCAUCGCUCACGACGCCUUAUUCCUUGAGUACGGAGACGCUGUCCAUCGUGGAGAGCGAUGAGUCCAGCGAUCUAUCACACGCGAAGCAAGUUUUCGCCGAACGACAUCCGGCAUCACACCAGCCCACGACUUCGGAUCUCUUCGGUUUGCGUGCACUAGCCUCAUACGUGUCCAUCCGCUCGAGUGCCCUUGUCGCGACGUGCGUCUACACCCUGUGGGACAUUCGAUUAGAAAGCCACAAGGCCUACGUCGAGAGUCUCCCUGUUGCGUCGCCCGAGCGGACUGCUGCCGCGUCAGAUCUCCAACUUGGCAAGACCAUGGUUGCGUUCAACGGCAGCGUGAUCGAGCAAUACCCAAACUACCUGGGCAACUGCCAGCGCUUUGCCAACGAUCUCGUGCUGGCCAACGGGUCCUCGCAAGCCGGGACAAUCGAGCUGGUGCCAGCAAAGGAAAGCUCACUUAUUGGUGCGGCGGUGGCCUCGGCGUGUGUAAAAGGUGCUUAAUGAUGUGAUGACCGGUGGUUGAUAAAUUGGCUUGAAACAUAUACAUACUUUAGCGGCACAUGCUUGAACUUCUAGGUUAAUUAAAAACAACUAGUACAUAUAUCCUUGAUCAGAAACUUAUUCUACAC